AUGCAUUUCUCAGGGUUUCCCAUUCUCCAAGUCUUUCUUUUCCUCCUCCUCAUCACCCCAGCCCUCAUCAAUGCAGCAGCCGCCCCCACCACGGAAGAAGAGAUGAUUAAACACAUCAGUAGGGGAGCAAAAUCCCUGAUCGGCACACCAAAUGCCAUCCCGGGCGGGAUGGAGGAGCGGGAUUUGGAAGGCAAUAGCCCUCCACCACCCAGCGACGGCGAAGAUAUUAAUGCUCCCAAGGGUGGUGGUAGAGGUGGUGGUGGAGGUGGAGGUCGUACGAAGAGUGGCGGUAGUGGAAGCGGUGCAGCUACAGCAGUAGGUACUAGCGGUGCUACAGCUGUCAAGGUCGGCUCUCUUGGAGCACUUGUUGUCGCUGCUGCUGGAGCGGGUAUGCUCUACUGA